UAAUCCUGUAAAAAUAAAAAAAUCACCGCUUUAGACCAGCUGCGGUAAUAAGUGGGUGGCUAUUUUGAUGAUUACUCUGGCCUUGGACUAAGGAGGCUAUUUCCACUUUGCAAGAGGUAAACGACAGCCUUUCAGAUCAAAAGGUAAAGUACAGAAAUUAAAACAAGGAGAUUUAAAUGUUAAAUCCAGCUUUCAGUGUAAAGCGGACAGCCCAAAGCUUUGCUGCACAUUUCCCUGUCUGAAAGUUGGCGUUCUAGUUGCCUGGAGACAGAAGUAAACAAAAGUAUCUUGGUGACAAGAGUGCGAAGUUUCCUGGAGCUGCCUGCUGCUGCUCUUCAUGAGAAAUGAAGGGGGGGGGAUCCAUCUUCUAGGGCUUUUGUCUUUUGAUUUUCACCCAAAACGAAGUACAGUAGCUCCUCCAAGAAGUUUCCCACCAGAGGACGAAUGCAGCUCAGGAACACAUAUCCUAGUGACUGGUUUCCAAGUUCUGUCAUGAGUCAUGGAAAUGGAAUGUUGACCUCAAGGCAUCACCGGGGAAACAGCAAUGCUGGUUCUAAGCAUCUUUCAGAGUUGAACAACAGUCAAAUCGCCUAAGCAAAAAGCUGCUGAGCACCUACUGUUCAGUGAAGAGAGUUAUGCCAUCUUAAGUCUCAGGUCUUACAGAUAAUACUUCAAAUAAAGAUGUCAACAGAGAACACAACUGAGCCGAUUAAACACCUUGACAAGUUUUGAGAACAACCUUGAAGCAUUCAUGAUGGCACAGCUAGAAAUAAAUCAUAGCAUGGUUCCUGAUAAAAAGUAGUGAAAGCCAGAGAAAAACAAGCUGAGCUAAAGCAUUUUUACAAUUGAUGUAGAUCCAGCCUAAGCUAACAUGAACACUGACAAUGCUCUGACUUCAAUUGAGGCAGCUUCCUCUAUUCCUAUGAUGAUGGCAGGCCAAAGUGGAGGGAGUCAGAGCCAGUCUUUCCUGCCUACGAUUCCGCAUGUUUCUGGAAGCAGAGUGCAUUCCCUUGAAGACCGGCUGUCCAACCAGGAGAGGACCACAGCUGUCCUCCUGGAUCAGGCCUUUCGGAUCAAAGAUGGCCUCGUUUCUUACCUUCAUGGAAAUAAAGGCGUUCAGCAAGGGGAGACAGCAGCACGCCAGCUCCUGGAGAACCACAUACAGACGAUCACAAGCAUAGUUAAAAAGCUGAGCCACGACAUAGAGGUUCUGGAGAGGCAAAUAAAAUCAAGAGAUGAUGCAACAUCAGGAACUAACUUUGCUAUGCAGAGUCUAGACCAUAAACACUUGCAGGGAGUUGGAGAUCUACGUGGAAGAGUAGCUAGGUGUGAUGCCAGCAUUGCAAAACUCUCUGGAGAUAUAAAUAUCAUCAGGCAUGAGAUCUCAAAACAAGAGAAAGAAAUUCAUGCAAUCAAGUCUACUGUAGAAAAUUAUGCUAAUAAUUUGGAGUUGAAGGUAAUGCAGCUUUUAGGCAAGAUAGACACUUCAAACUCAGAGCAAAACUCAAAUUUGAAGGCAAUACAAGGAAAUCAGCAUCAUGAAUUGCAGCUCCUGGAUCUCAAGAUAAAUGGUGUUUUAAAUGACUUUAAGGAUCAAAUCCAAAACCAGAGGAAGUGGAUAGAAAAUGAGUUAAGGAGAUCUGAGCAAGAGCAGGCCUCUCUCAUAAAUCAGUGUCUUUAUUCAGUGAAAGAAAGACUGGACACAGUGGAAAAGAAAACGGAUGAUAGUUAUUAUUUCCUCUGCAAAAGAAUAGAAAGCACUGAUAAAACAGAGCAAUUUAACGCAGAGCUGAACCAAGUGAAAAAUGACCAAAAUAAGCUUCAUGCAAGGAUUGCUAGAUUUGAAAAACUGAUGUGGCAUGAGCUGGAGGAAAUCCAAAGUGAAUAUAGAUCAGGAUUUCAGUCAAUCCGUGACUCGCUCAGCGCACUUAAACAAAUACAGACAGCAAAGCUUAAACUCGAAGAAGAAAAGUUCAAGCAAGACAUGAAAAAGAUACGGCGGAAGAUAACUGAAAUUCAAGAAGACUGAUCCCACUUCUUAAAACAUUUGCAUUUAGUCCAUCUUGGGAAAGUGUGUAAGAGAUUGCAAAAAAUAAGCUCAAGAAUUCUACUAUAUCAAGCUUGUUUUCUUAUGUCUCCCUAGGAGAUUAGUAUUGUAUAUGAAUGUUGCAAUGUCUAUAAUAGAUUUAAGUCAAAUCAAUCUGAAUCAUAUUCCUACAUUAGAAUUUAUAUUUUGGAAAAAAAUAAAAUAUAAGGGCUGUCAGUAA